ACUCAUGCAAGAUUGAGCGAGCGAGCGAGCGAGGGAAGAAGGGUUUUCGUCGUCGGUUAUCGACUGAGCACCAUUCACCAAGUUGGAGAGCGAAGAAACGUAGAAACAAAGAUGUUUUGUUCAAUCCCAUUUCACUUAUCUUCAUCUCCUUCCAGGGCUUAGCGCAGUGAACGGGACUUGACGGUGGAUAGGAAUGUUAUCAAUUGUUAUUAUUAGCAGAAGUCUAGCGGCGUACUAGGAAUGUUAUUAUCAUGGCACAGCAGUCGUCUCGACUUCAUCGUCUUCUUACUCUCUUGGACACUGGUUCAACACAAGCAACGAGAUUUACUGCAGCUCGGCAGUUGGGGGAGAUUGCGAAAUCCCAUCCUCAGGACUUGACAUCUCUUUUGAAAAAGGUAUCUCAGUAUUUACGCAGUAAAAAUUGGGAUACACGGGUUGCGGCUGCCCAUGCGAUUGGGGCUAUUGCACAGAAUGUUAAGCACACAUCUGUGUCUGAGCUCAUUGACUGUGUUGGACUAAAGAUUUCAGAGGCUGGCUUGUCUGGUACUAUCGAGGAUGUCCUGGCCAUGCCUGAUUUGCAGUCUGCAUUUAAAAGUUUUGAUAUGAAUAAUGUGCUUGAAUUUGGCGCCUUGGUGGCAUCUGGAGGACAGGAGUUUGAUGUCACCAGUGAAAACAUCAAGAGCCCAAAGGAGCGUUUGGCUCGUCAAAAGCAAAAUCUUCGUCGUCGUUUAGGUUUGGAUGUGUGUGAGCAAUUCAUGGAUGUCAGUGACAUGAUAAGAGAUGAGGACCUUAUCUUGGACAAAGUUAACAUGCAUGGUAAUGGUGGAGACAGGCAGAUGUAUCCAUCGAAAUCAAUACAUAAUAUCCAACAGUUCGUUGCUAACAUGGCCCCGUAUCUUGUAUCCAAAAGGCCCAGUGCUCGGGAAAGGAACCUUCUGAAACGAAAAGCAAAAAUAAACUCGAAGGACCAGACAAAACACUGGUCUGAGGAAGGAGAGACAGAUGUAGCAGGCACCCAACUAGUGGAAACACCAAGGGGCUCAGGUCCGGACUUAUUAAGUUCACAAAAGGCAGCUGUGAGUGUAAAUAAUGAUGAUGAUUUUGGUGAUCAUGAUGGUGAUGGACAAUGGCCUUUCCAUAAUUUUGUUGAGCAACUUCUUCUUGAUAUGUUUGAUUCGAAUUGGGAAGUUCGUCAUGGUAGUGUGAUGGCCCUGAGAGAAAUCUUAACUCAUCAAGGAGGUUGUGCUGGAGUACUGUUGCCUGAUUUGGUCGUGGACAGUUCUCCAUUGACCACGUUAGAAGAUGGAAGUAUGCCAAAUAAGCUAAAGCGCGAAAGGGACAUUGAUUUAAAUAUGCAAUUGACGGAGGAUGAAUUUGAGUUCAAACUGAAAAGACCCAAGUUUGAAGACGCCUUAUGUCCACCUGUCAAUCCGAUGGUUUGUGCCCACGAGGAUAUUAAAUUGGGGAUAAGUGUGAAGGUUGAAAAUGAUGAUAGGCCUUUGCCUGAUGAUCAGUCUGAAGCUCAAUUUAAUGUUUGCUCUGUAAAGGUGGAGGAUCAUCCCAAUGGUUCAUAUUUGCAUAAAGAUACAUCUGAAGCAGCAGCCGAGGAGUGCCCUGAUAAUAAAUUACCUUCAGAGGGUACUACUAUGCUCAAGAACUUUUCUGAAAAUCACGAGCUGAGGAAUUUGGUUAAAUUGACUAGGCAUUCUUGGCUGAAGAAUUUUGAGUUUCUUCAAGACUGCGCGAUUCGUCUAUUGUGUAUAUUACUUCUCGAUCGUUUUGGAGAUUAUGUAUCAGAUCAAGUCGUAGCCCCUGUGCGUGAAACCUGCGCUCAAGCAUUGGGUGCAGUGUUCAAGUACAUGCAUCCUUCACUAGUUAAUGAAACGCUAAAUAUCUUGCUGCAAAUGCAGUUCAGACAGGAAUGGGAAGUUCGUCAUGGGAGUCUUUUAGGCAUAAAGUAUUUGGUUGCUGUACGGAAGGAACUUCUUCAUGAUUUGCUUUCACGCAUUCUCCCUGCAUGUAAAGCAGGGCUUGAGGACCCAGAUGAUGACGUUCAGGCAGUUGCAGCUGAUGCUUUAAUUCCGGCUGCUUCUUCUAUUGUUUCUCUCAAGGGUCAGACCUUGCAUUUAAUUGUGAUGCUGCUCUGGGACAUCCUGCUUGAUUUGGAUGAUCUAAGUCCAUCCACCAGCAGUGUAAUGAAUCUUUUGGCCGAAAUCUAUUCCCAGAAAGAGAUGAUUCCAAAGAUGUUUGAGGCAUUAAUUUUAAGAGAGACCCAAGAGUUUGAUCUAAAUGGAGCUAUUCAUGUGCAUGAGACCCCAGAAGGAAUACGUUCGCAGGAAAAUCCAUAUGCAUUUGCAUCAUUGGCGCCGAGGUUAUGGCCAUUUAUGAGGCACAGUAUCACAUCAGUUCGUUAUUCAGCUAUCCGCACUUUGGAACGGUUGCUAGAAGCAGGAUUGAAACAAAUAAUUUCUGUGCCUUCUACUUCCAUUUGGCCGACAACCAUUUUAGGUGACACCCUUAGGAUUGUGUUUCAGAAUUUGCUUCUAGAAUCAAAUGAUGAUAUUUUGGAGUGCUCAGAGCGAGUUUGGAGGCUCCUCCUCCAGUCUCAAGUGAAGGAAUUGGAACUUGUGGCAAGGUCACAUGUUUCAUCCUGGUUGGAGCUUGCAACAACAACAUACGGUUCUGCAUUUGACAGUUCAAAAUUAUUUUGGCCAGUAGCGCUUCCUAGAAGAAGUCAUUUUAGGGCUGCUGCUAAAAUGAGAGCUGUAAAACUUGAAAAUGAGUCUUCCAGCGGAGUUGGCAUGGAGUUGGCAAAGGUAACUAUUUCACAUGAAAGAAAUGGAGAUUCUUCGUCCAGUUUUUCUAAGAUCAUUGUCGGUGCUGAUGCGGAUAUCUCAGUGACUCAUACCCGAGUUGUCACUGCAACAGCCUUGGGAAUUUUUGCUUCUAAGCUGAAUGAGGGAUCUUUGCAAGAUGUAAUUGGUCCAUUAUGGAAUGCUUUUAAAUCCUCAUCUGGAGUCCAGCGGCAGGUAGCCUCCAUUGUCCUUAUUUCUUGGUUCAAAGAGAUAAGGAACCAAGAGAAGAACUCUCGAGAUCAUGGAGUUAUUUCUUGGCUGCCCAAUUAUUUAAGAGAAAGGUUGUUGGAUCUGUUAACGUGCUCUGAUCCUGCAUUUCCUACGAAGGAUUCACUACUUCCUUACUCUGAACUUUCAAGGACAUAUUCUAAGAUGCGUGGCGAGGCUACACAAUUAGUACGGGCCAUUGAGUCAUCUGGGAUGUUGAAGGAAUUCUUUUCGGGUAACCAGAUUGACUUGGAGAACCUGACUGCUGAUGAUGCAAUUAAUUUUGCUUCGAAAAUUCCAACAUCGCUUGGAGAUAUUGAUGGAAAUGGGUUGGAGGGCAGGCAGGGUAUUGAUGAUAUAGAGUCAUUGAAACAACGUCUUUUGACAACUUCAGGGUAUUUGAAGUGUGUUCAGGGUAAUUUGCAUAUCUCGGUUUCUGCAAUGGUUGCUGCUGCAGUUGUUUGGAUGUCUGAGCUUCCAACCAGACUUAAUCCAAUUAUUUUGCCUUUGAUGGCUUCCAUAAAAAGAGAGCAGGAGGAAAUACUACAACAAAAAGCAGCAGACGCACUAGCAGAGUUAAUUUGUCAGUGUGUUCUACGUAAACCUGGGCCAAAUGAUAAGUUGAUAAAAAAUAUUUGUACUUUGACCUGCAUGGACGCUUCUGAAACACCUCAAGCUGCAGUUAUUUGCUCCAUGGAGGUAAUUGAUGAGCAAGAUAUUCUUUCUUCUGGGACUAGUACGAGAAAAUCAAGAACAAAAGUUCAUACACUGUCUGGUACCGAUGAUCGAUCAAGAAUUGAGGGUUUUAUUAGCAGACGUGGUUCUGAACUUGUUUUAAGGUGUCUCUGUGAGAAGCUUGGGGAUGCAUUAUUUGGGAAGCUUCCGAAGCUUUGGGAUUGUCUUACAGAAAUAUUGUUGCCUACUACUACUGAAAAUGUUACUGCUGAAGAUGAACAGAAAAUAAUGCACACCAUUGAAUCUGUGAAGGAUCCUCAGACCUUGAUAAAUAACAUCCAGGUGGUACGAUCUAUUGCUCCAAUGCUCAAUGAGAAGUUGAAACCAAGGCUACUUACCCUACUUCCCUGCAUUUUUGGAUGUAUUCGGCACUCUCAUGUAGCUGUUAGAUUAGCAGCUUCUAGAUGCAUCACUUCCAUGGCCAAGUCAUUGACCAUCGAUGUCAUGGGGGCUGUGAUACAAAAUGCCAUUCCUAUGUUAGAAGAUAUGAAUUCCGUAAAUUCAAGACAAGGUGCUGGCAUGCUUAUUAGCUUGCUUGUUCAGGGAAUGGGUGUAGAGCUGGUUUCUUAUGCUCCUUUAUUGGUGGUUCCACUUUUAAGGUGUAUGAGUGAUUGUGAUCAGUCUGUUAGACGAUCUGUGACCCACAGUUUUGCUGCUUUGGUGCCUCUUCUUCCAUUAGCACGUGGUCUUCCACCACCUGUUGGACUCAGUGAAGCUUUUUCUAAAAAUAAGGAAGACGCCCAAUUUCUGGAACAACUACUUGAUAACUCCCACAUUGAAGAUUACAAACUCUGUACUGAACUGAAGAUGACACUGAGAAGGUAUCAGCAAGAAGGGAUAAAUUGGUUGGCAUUCUUAAAACGUUUCAAACUUCAUGGAAUCCUGUGUGAUGACAUGGGUCUUGGUAAAACACUUCAGGCAUCGGCAAUUGUGGCAUGUGACAUAGUUGAACGCCUCACCUUAAAUAAUAGAGAAGAUAUUCCACCAUCUUUGAUAAUUUGUCCAUCAACACUAGUUGGACACUGGGCCUUUGAAAUAGAGAAGUAUGUUGAUGUCUCCAUACUUUCUACGCUCCAAUAUGUUGGUUCAGUACAGGAACGGACAUCUCUUCGAGAUUGUUUCAACAAGUAUAAUGUCAUCAUAACGUCAUAUGAUGUGGUGCGUAAGGAUGUUGAGUAUCUUUCACAAUUUCACUGGAACUAUUGCAUACUAGACGAAGGACAUAUUAUAAGGAAUGCAAAAUCCAAAAUAACCCUUGCUGUAAAGCAAUUGAGAUCUCAAAAUCGUCUGGUACUAAGUGGAACCCCAAUUCAGAACAACGUCAUGGACUUGUGGUCACUUUUUGAUUUUCUAAUACCCGGUUUUCUUGGAACAGAGAGACAGUUUCAAUCAACUUAUGGAAAACCACUACUAGCAGCUAGAGAUUCUAAAUGUUCAGCUAGGGAUGCAGAAGCUGGGGCACUCGCCAUGGAAGCAUUGCACAAGCAGGUCAUGCCUUUCCUUCUUCGACGAACUAAAGAUGAAGUGCUGUCUGAUCUGCCAGAAAAAAUCAUUCAAGACAGAUACUGUGACUUGAGCCCUGUACAACUAAAAUUAUAUGAAAGAUUCUCUGGUUCUCAUGUUAGACAGGAAAUAUCAAGUAUAGUCAAAUCAAAUGAAUCAGAAGUACCACAGGAAAGCAGUGUUUCAACAAAAGCAUCUUCACAUAUAUUUCAGGCACUUCAAUAUUUGCUUAAACUUUGUAGUCAUCCUUUGCUUGUCACUGGAGAAAAAAUGACAGAUUCAAUGAAGUGCCUCCUGACAGAGCUCAUACCCGAUAGUUCUGACUUAGUUUCUGAACUUCAUAAACUGUACCACUCUCCUAAAUUAGUUGCUCUCCGGGAAAUUCUUGAGGAGUGCGGAAUUGGUGUUGAUACUUUGAGUUCUGAUGGGGCUGGCAGCUUUGGCCAGCACAGAGUCUUGAUAUUUGCACAACAUAAAGCCUUAUUGGACAUUAUUGAAAGAGAUUUAUUCCACGCUCACAUGAAGAAUGUUACGUACUUGCGAUUGGAUGGAUCUGUUGAGCCGGAGAAACGUUUUGACAUUGUCAAGGCCUUCAAUUCUGAUCCUACCAUCGAUGCUUUGCUCCUUACAACACAUGUUGGUGGUCUUGGUUUGAAUCUGACAUCCGCUGACACCCUUGUUUUCAUGGAGCAUGAUUGGAAUCCAAUGCGAGAUCAUCAGGCAAUGGACAGAGCCCACAGGUUAGGCCAGCGGAAGGUUGUAAACGUCCAUCGACUCAUAAUGCGCGGAACAGUAGAAGAAAAAGUUAUGAGCCUUCAAAAGUUUAAAGUUUCAGUUGCCAACGCUGUCAUCAAUUCUGAAAAUGCCAGUAUGAAAACUAUGAAUACUGAUCAAUUGCUUGAUCUUUUCACAUCUGCUGAAACCUCCAGAAAGGGAGCAACGUCGAUGUCAUCGAAGCAGUCAGAUGAGAACUUUGAUGGAGAGGUAAAAGCAAUGGGUGGAAAGAAGGGUCUGAAAGCUAUUCUUGGAGGACUGGAGGAACUUUGGGACCAAUCUCAGUACACUGAAGAGUACAGUCUUAGCCAGUUCUUAGCAAAGCUCAAUGGCUGAAGAAGUUCUUGUGCACACGCCAUGUACAAAGUGUAUAUAAAGUGGGAGAUGAUUGAAAAGGCCCAAAUUUUGACACUCUUUAACCACCAAUAGGUUUCUGUCUUCCCUUAAACUCUCUUCCGUUCCUCCCUUUUCCCCCCAGAGGCUCAUGCAGUUUUUUCAAGAACGGUCGGAGCGUACCGGAUGACGAUCUACUGAGAGGUGUAACGUAACAUCUCGCAACUAAUGCACUUUCAGGACUGGGAAGGAAUGAGAAUUUGUAUAUGUCGGAUAUUGUAUAUACGAUUCAUUUCACCUUUUAAAUGAAAUCCAUUCUUCCAUAUCCUU